GAAGAACAAGUCGGAGGAGCGGACAGAAGUCAACGCAAGCUGAAUAAGGACUUCAGAACCGCACAGCUGUGAACUAGAUUGGACCGGACAGGACACCUAAACAUGGAGAAUGGCAAAACGGAAACAGAGGACAAGACAGACGACGUUUCAGAAGAUGAAGAAGAACAUGUGGAGGAGGCUAACAUAGAGAUCGCUCAGCUGCAGGGCCUCGUGGCUGAGCUGCGCGAGGGGCUCCAUGCAGCACUGAUGGAGCUGUGCGAGCUGCGUCAGAGGGACCACGGCCUGGAGGAGAAGCUCCAGGCCCAUCAGACUGACGUCGAUGAGAAGAUAAUGGGCCUGAAGAACUCGCUCAGCACUUUCAAGGAGGAGCUGAAUGUGGCGAUGUUCCACAUAAAGGAUGUGUCCAACAGACAGAGGGAGGUGCAGAAGAGGAUAGAACUGCUGCAGUCAGAAAACACCAACGAUAUCAUCUCUGUUCCACACAGAAAGAGCUCCAAGGCAGAUGUGCUAACAGCAUCAGGAGAUGAGCACAUCUGUGUGCCCAGCCAGUCCGACCUCAGUGUUAUUCAACACUUCUUCUCCAGUCUGCCACACAGCAGCUCAACACAGAGGAGCUCCACAUCCACACAGACCUCUACCUCUGAGCAGGAGGCUCAGCAGCAGCAGAGAAAUUGUCCGUCCAGAUCUCCAGCGUGGAGCGAGAGGAGGAGCAGCAGGGACGACUCAGAGAAACCCAACAGCCCGACUGAAAGCAAUAAGAGACAAGGGGUGGCUCUGGAGCUGCUGGAGUCAGAGAGAGUGUAUGUGUCCCAUCUGUCCCUGUUAUUGAAGGCCAACAUCUCCUUUAAUGGAUCCGAAGCGCUCACUUCCAAAGACAAACGCCCGUUUCCCAGCACUCUGAGGUUUCUGAUCCAGCAGCACCUUGAGCUCCUCCACACUCUCCAGGAACGCGUGCUCAAGUGCCAGUGGCAAGGCAUCAUGGGGGAUGUGUUCAUGAGGCUCACCAGCAAAGAGAGUCAUUUCUUGGACUUCUAUGUAUCCUACCUGAAGGAGCUUCCAGACUGUCUGGCAGUUGUCACCAUGCUUGCCUCCAGCUCCAUGAAGACCUCUGCCUUACUGGAGAGUGAAAUAAUGGGUGACGAAUCCCAACCCUCGCUCCAGACUUUGCUCCUGCAGCCGGUUCAGAGGAUCCCUGAGUACCUGCUGCUGCUACAGGGGCUGCUGAGGCAGACAAACGCAGAGCACCCAGAUUACUAUCUGCUGCUGGUGUGCAUCCAGCAGUUCAGGUCCUUCACGACUCAGUACCACCACCUCCUCCAGCACAACCAGGAGCUUCUGCUGCACAACCGCAAGGAGGUGAAGAGGUCUACCAUGAAACAGCUGUUAAAGACAGUGGAAAGUGGGAUUCAAGCCAACAACAUAGGCUCACCGUACCCUUGCAACAGUACAAUGUUAGAACAUGCCAACCAGGUAAAGUGGAGCAAGCAGCGCCUGCUGGAGCAGAUCCAGUCUCAUCGUUUCCAGGAUUGGGACCAGGAUCACAAAAGUCAUUGUUACGACACAGAGUGGCCCUCCCAGCUCACGUUCUGCAGCCCCGAGCUGGAACCACAGAUCCACAAACCAACAGGUCUUGGCAGUAUCCCAGAGAUUGAGGCGUCUGGGAGGUCCAUGUCGUGGCAGCAUCAUCUGCCCUCCAGAUCUGCAGACUUUCGUCAGGUUCAACCGGGCUCUGCUCUGGCCGAUGCCCUCGGAGAGUUCCUUCUCCCUCCAGACCCCCCAGGGAUGGAGAGCCUCUAUGACGAGGACAGAGGCUCCCUUCAUGAUGCCUCCAUGUUCGACCGCUGCUCUUCUGCCUCUUCAGAUUCCUCCAUCGACAUUGCCUUUGUGAAGUGCCCCAAAGCCCCCUCGGCGUCACAUCACGCAAUGGCAGCAAACGUGUCGACAACUCGGGAUGUCUUUGGCAACGGUGGGAGCAACAGGAAUGGUUACAAACUGCCCAACCGAGGAUGUGUAUCUCCGGAUGAGGCUAUCAUGAUGCGCCGCAAUCAGCAUCGCCCCCUUCAAGCCAGCCAGCAUAAGAGCAAGUCACUGAACGGCCUGCAGAUGGACAACACAGCGAGUGGUCCGGAUGGUGGUCCUGUAUCAGAACACCUCCAAAGGUUGGGUCUGGGCAGCCAUGCCAAGCUAGAGCGCCAGGGCAGUAAGGGCAGCAAAGGGUGUUCCACCCCGUCCCAUAAGGUCCACAGCCCCCUGGGGAACAGAGCGGACACUGACAAGCAGAGCGAGGAUCUUCAUGGGCUUCUCAGCGUUGACUCCGGGUUCCAGUCAUGGGGGGACGAGUCAAAGUGGAGGGGCGGGGCUGAGGAGAAUAACCACGUCCCCUUCAGCGAGAGGAGUAGGAAGCAGGAUAAAGGAGGCUUCAGGAGCUCCUUCAAGAAACUCUUCAAGAAGAAGAGCAGCGAUGAGAAGAAAGAGAAAGGAGAGAAAACAGAAAACCAAAACAACGGUGAACAUGAAACUCCGGGGAAAAAUCCCAAACUGGUACAUCUGGAGGUAAACCGUGGCACAGCUGUAUGAACACCACUCCAUCACACACAGGCUCAAUAUAAAGAGUAACACAUGUGCAUCCAAACUGAAGAGGUGGUUUUACAUGUACAACUGCUGUACAAAUGCUGUCCAGGUUUCCUCUCAUCCUUUUGAAAUGUAAUAUUUUUUCGAUCUUAGUAAUAGUAAGAGUAGCAAUGUGGUUUAGAUCACAUUUAUUUUGAGUCAUUUUAGAUUUAAUGUGACUAUGCAGUGUAUCUUCAGCUGAACUAUGCACUAGAGGGCGUAGUUUGUCAUGGUCCAUCCCGAUACUGUAAAUAUCUCUCCAGGUUCUCAAAGCUACAGACUUUUCUUUUCUCAGGCUGUUUCGUUUGUUCCCCAACUUUCAAAUCUGUGCAAAUAAAGUUUCUUUUGAAUUGUUUAAAGUUGGACAUUGACAGGUCCUCUCUUUGUCUUUCGCUGUGGGAAAGUGCUGUUCCUAAUUUUAACAAUGUCACACACUAUUUCUGGCUCUUAAUUCCCAAUGUGUGCUUAUUGUCUUUUAUUAUGAAAGUAUUAUAUUGUGUGCAUAUACUCAGGAGAACAAACUUUAAGCUGUUAUUCAGUAUUAUGUUUAAACAUUUCUUUUUCUCUAUGACAAUUAUUUCUAUGCAUUUAAAAUAAUUGUUUAAGAGAUGAAUGUGAAGAUCAAGAGACAUUAAUAAUCAAUAAAUGUCCACU